AGGAGAUUGAUCAAAAAGCGACGAAACGUGCCGGAGCAAUGUCGGACAUCAACGAGUUUAAUAAACAUACGUUUCUUUCCAGGGUUUUAGGGAAUUCUUCGUUGAAUUCAGGAUCUACUGCUAAUCCGAUAUCUCAAACUGCUGAUCGCAGCAGCUCCGAUAAGGCUAAUGGGGCUUCUAAUAGAAACCCUGACGGGGCUCCAUUUCUUGAUGAUGAUGAUAUGGAAGUGCAGUUCUCAAAUAAUUACGCUUAUCUGGAUAAGAAUAAUGAGAAAAUCAAAAACAUGCUCAUGUCUGAAGUUUCGUUGAAAAACGAGGCCAAUGAUGGGAUGAAUGGGUCGAGUAACAAUAGCAGUAGAAAAAAAUCCAGGAAAAAUCCCAAUAGCAAGAGGAAACUCAGAUCCAACAUCUCAAUCAACUUCAAUUCGGAAAGUGAAUCGUCAGAUGAUAAUUCAGAUGAAGAGUCGGAAAAUGCUGAAAGUGAGCUAGCUGCCGAUUCAAGUUUCAGACCCAACCAGCAUAAAACUGUCCCUAAUGCCGGCUUGACCGACAAUCCAAUAAUUUCUGGUCAGAUAGGCACAGACUCUGAAUAUAAAAUAGCAACAAAAGGGCUAUCAGAUAGUGCCAAGAAUCAAAUACGUGAAGAGUUAGAGCUGGAGUUGGAACUGGGCAAUGACGAUAUUCCUGAAAGUUUACUUUUCGAAAAUACAAAUAAUACUAGUCACGGUAAUGAAAACAACUCUGCCAAUAUAUUCAGUAAAAUAGAACAAUCACUUAUAUUUCAGGUGAAGGAGGCUGAAAAGACAUUUGGUCCUGCCUUAAAUACAGUCGGGAAAAAAGCCAGACAGAUUGCUCAUAAAACAAUGGAAACGUCUGUACUGCAACCUCCGCCACCAGCCUUUCUUUCUAAUAGACCAACUGACAACUCAAAUCCCAUUAAUAUUGGUGCUACCCAAAGGCAGAUUUUCAAUGCUAGAAAACUACCACCUAAAGAGAGAGCUCUAUGGAUGUGGGCAAAUGUUACAAAUCUUGAUAUCUUUCUCAAUGAUGUCUACGAUUAUUAUAUGAGAAAUGGCUGGAAUUGUAUUGCUUUAUCGAAGAUCUGUGACCUAUUAAUUAUAGUAUUUGUUUUGUGGUUGACAUCUUUCAUGGGGAAUUGCAUCGAUUACAAAAAAUUACUGAAUGAAAACGUUUCCAAGUUAUCACAAGUCUAUGAUGGGCAGUGUUACGCCAAAAUACCAUUUUCUCAAAGGUGUUUACAUUUUAUUUUACUGGUUUUAUUAGUAUUGAGGGUAAAAAAUUGUUACAAAGAGCUAUUAGAUUUGAAAGAAAUAAAACUCUUUUAUAAUCACUUGUUGGCAAUCGAUGAUUCAGAGUUACAAACCAUCUCUUGGCCUCAGAUAGUUAAGAAGAUAAUGAUUUUGAAGAACCAAAAUACCAAUGCCAUCAUAAAUGAUGGAAAUAAUAACGACUUGAAAUCCAAACUGAAACUCAAUGCCCAUGAUAUUGCCAACAGAUUGAUGAGGAAAGAAAACUACAUGAUAGCAAUUUUCAAUAAAAAUAUCCUUAGCAAAGCAUUGACUAUUCCCGUAGUGAAUACAUAUUUUCUUACUAAAACAUUAGAGUGGAAUUUAAAGCUCUGCAUAUUUGACUUUCUUUUCAACGAUCAAGGCCAGUUAAAAAGAAAGGUAGUAAGCCAACACCAUCGAUUAUCCUUGAUCACAAACUUGCGGAAAAGAUUCAGGAUGGCUGGGUUGUUAAGCAUAUUUUUGACUCCCUUUUUGGUGAUUUAUUUUAUCCUGUAUUAUUUUUUGAAACUAUUUUACGAUUUCAAAACAAAUCCAGGAUUAUUGAACGCUAGAGGAUACUCUCCGUAUGCUAAAUGGAGAAUGCGGGAGUAUAACGAGUUACCACACUUGUUUGAUCAAAGGCUCAACUUGUCAAUUGAGAGCGCUGAUAAUUAUUUAAACCAGUUUCCAAAAGAAUUGUCUAAUAUCAUUCUAAAAUUCAUUUCUUAUAUCACGGGAUCCAUAGUUACAAUUUUAGCUAUUUUGACUAUUAUUGAUCAUGAGAACUUUUUGAACUUUGAGUUAACUGAAGGCAGAACUGUUUUGUUUUAUAUGUCAACGUUAGGGGCAUUGUUUACAAUUUGCAAAAACUCAAUCUCGGAUAAUAAUAAUAGAUACUUGUUUGAUCCUGAGGCUUCAUUGAAAAAAGUUUCUCAAUUUACCCACUAUCUUCCUAAUUCAUGGGAAAGCAGAUACCAUACUUUAGAUGUCAAAAAUCAGUUCUGCGACUUGUACAAUUUGAAAUUAAUAUUGAUUUUUAAAGAGCUUUGCAGUUUGAUUUUGUUACCGUAUAUCCUCUAUGUGUCACUACCGAACUCGUGCGAUAAAAUAGUUGAUUUCUUCCGGGACUUCAGUGUACACGUUGAUGGAAUAGGAUAUGUCUGUAGCUUUGCAAUGUUCAAAUUGGAGGACAACAAAGAUCACACUCAGUCCACACAUUACACUGACCAUGAUGAACCUGUGGAUGAUAAAGAUGACAAGAUGAUGAAGUCUUACUUGUAUUUUGUUGACAGUUAUGGUGGUAAUGGCAUCAAUAGAAACAACAGAAGUAAUGGUGGCAAUAGCCCCAGUGGUAGAAAUGCUCAACCUAUCUCGAAGAAAAACACUAGAGUACAAAAUGGCUUACUUAGAUCGGCCAUACUAAAUAACCAAAAUUCGAAUACUGGAAAUGGUGGCAUUUCUAAAAAUGGUAAGUUGGUGAACAACGAUUUACCAGUAUAUCAAGAACAAAUGGAGGAAACAAAUGCAGGGCUAUUUAACCCGAAUGCAAGGAACUACAUUGAUGAUUUGAGCAAUAGUAUGAUUUUAGGCGAAAGCUUCCAGUUAGGGUACGGCAGAUCAAAUAAUCUGGAUAGCAGUAAUGGAUCUGGUCUCAACAAAUAUGGGGGCGCAAAUACAGUCACAGAUGACAAUGAUGAUGAUAACGGCAAUAGCGGCAGCGGUGGUGUAUUAGGUUUGUUGAAUCAAGUUUAUCAGCAUAAAAAAAGAGUUAAUUAAUAAAAUCCUCUUUCUACAGUAGAAA